AUGGAUGAUGAUAAUGUAUCAGAUAAAAGUGGUGAUGAAGUUGAAGAAGGUGAAGAAUUGGAAAUUCAGCCAGAAGAUUUAAGUUUUAUUGCAGAGCAAAAUGGUCUUUUGUCAGACACAUCACUACAGCCUGUUGAUAUUGGUUCAGAAGUUAUUGAUCAGCAUUUUCAUGAUGUACUAAAUGUAGCACCAGCUGAAGGUAACAGUCCUGUUAGGUUGUUAUCAGAUAAAACAAAUGAGGCAAAGUGCUUUCCUGUUCUCUAUCCGACCGGUGGUCCAACAUUUCAUGAUGCCAGACCAGAAAAAAUCACAUUGACAAGAUACCUGAAUGCACGAAUACUAAAUGCUGAUGGACGUUUUGCACAGAACACAGACUUCAUUUUUUAUGCACAAUAUAUAUCAGAAGUUGAUCAAAUUGUAUCUAAUGUCUCAAUUGCAUUACGCAAAGGUUAUGAGAAAGAUGAGUUAUCAAAGGUAACACCAGAUAUGCUGACAAAUUCUGAUAACUUACAAAAAAUACUGAAGUAUAAUGAAGGAUAUAAGUUUUUGAGACCUGUCAGAGGGACACCUCCCUAUUGGAUGUCUACACAGAAAGAUCUCUUUGCACUGAUUAGACAACUUGGCAUACCGACUUUCUUUGCAUCUUUUAGUUCUGCGGAUCUGAGAUGGCCUGAAAUGAUGAACACCAUUAUUAAACAAGAGGGUAAACAAAUCAUUGUUGAAGAGCUUGAGUGGUCUGAAAAAUGUGCAUUUUUGAGACGAAAUCCUGUCACUGCAGCAAGAAUGUUUGAUCACAGAUGGCAUUGUUUUCUGAAACAUGUCAUUAUGUCUCCAGCUGAACCUAUUGGUAAAAUAAAAGAUUAUUUUAAUCGUGUUGAAUUCCAACAACGUGGUUCUCCUCAUGUUCACUGUCUGUUUUGGGUAGAAAAUGCUCCAAAGCUUAAUGAUGAUGAUGAAGCUAAUGAUCCUGUGGUUGCUGAUUUCAUUGACACAUAUAUCACCUGUGAGACACCAGCAGAGCAAGACACUGAACUCUUUGAAAUAGUAAACAGUGUGCAGAAGCACAGUACUAAACAUUCAAAAACAUGUCGCAAGAAAAAUACAGUAUGUCGUUUUAAUUUCCCAAGACCUCCGUCUAGUCGUACCUUUAUUACAAGAGCAUCUAAUGCAGAUGAGUCCAAAGGGAAUGAUGACGAUGAAACAGCAAGUGCAAUUAUAAAGAAAGUUAAAACUGCCUUAAACUCUGAUGUGAAUUUUGAUUCAGUUGGUGUUUUUUUAUUUCUGGGAAUUGAUCAGACUGUGUUUGAGAAAGCAUACAACAAAUGUUCUAAAAAGAAAAGCAUUGUCCUGAAAAGAAAUACAAAAGAUAUUUGGGUAAACCAGUAUAACAGAGAUUUAUUGCGUGCUUGGCAAGGGAAUAUGGAUAUUCAGUAUGUCACAGAUGCUUUUUCUGUUGUGGUUUAUAUUAUAAGUUACAUCACAAAAGCUGAGCAAGAAAUGGGACCGUUACUUCAACGUGCACAAAAUGAAGCUAUGAAUGGUAAUCUUGAAGCUAAAGCAUCAUUAAAACAAUUGGGAAGUUUGUAUUUGCACAGUAGGGAGCUUUCCGCGCAAGAAGCCGUGUACAGACUGACAGGCAUGCAUUUAAAGGAAUGUUCACGUAAAGUACAAUUCAUUCCAUUAGGACCAAAUCCUGUUAAGAUGAGUUUGCCUUUGCAUCUACUACAAAAUAAAGUGGAGAAAGACCAGUCUGAUGAUGAAAGCAGUUAUUGGAUGACAAGUGUUGUUGACAGGUACAAAAACAGACCUCAGACAGAACCAAUGAAAAAUCUUUGUCUUGCCAGUUUUUGUUCAGAGUACAGAGUUUUGUCAAAAUCUGAAGUUUCUUCACAAAAGCAAGUUAUUAAACUCAAUAAUAAUUCUGGUUAUGUGAAACGAAGGAGACGAACUGAACCUGCAGUUGUGAGAUAUCCAAGAUUUUCACCCACAAAAGAUCCAGAAAAAUAUUAUCAGUCAUUACUUCAGCUUUUUCUACCAUAUUAUGAUGACUGUCAUCUUAAGCCUAGCAAAUAUGAGACAUACGAGGACUUUUACAACAGUGGUCUCAUAAAAAUUGGUUGUACACUGCAUAAAGUCAAAUUAAUUGUUGACUGCAACAGAGAAUUGUUUGAAAAGGAAAGUGACAAAAUAGAAAAAGCUAAACAGCUUUUGGAGCAGGAUAUAGAUUUAGAGGAUGCUUGGGCUGCAAUAUGUCCUGAAACUGAAAGACAGCGUCAUGAAUGUAUUGAAAUAAUGAAGAAUAAAGUAUUACCUGAUGAUGACACUCGGGAAGUGAUUCCAGAUCUUACAGGAAACCCUCAAACUGUUUGUACUAUUGAAACCAACCACACUAUUAUGCCCAGAGAUGCUGCAUUGGAUUUACUACGGUCAUUAAAUGAGGAGCAAUCUGCUAUAUUCUAUAAGGUCCGGAAGUGGUGUCUACAGAAAAUACUUGGACAGAACCCUGAACCUAUCAGAUUAUUUAUUACUGGUGGAGCAGGAACAGGAAAAAGUCAUUUAAUUAAGGCAAUACACUAUGAAUCAUCCAGAAUAUUAUCUCAGUUGUCUGAAAAUCCUGAUGAUGUUACUGUGCUUUUAACAGCUUCAACAGGAGUAGCAGCUUUUAAUGUUGGUGCUUCAACUAUUCAUAAUACAUUUUCAAUUGGUGCAAAUGUCAGAUUGCCAUAUCAGCCACUCAGUGAUGAAAAAUUAAACUCUUUACGUGUGAGCAUUGGUAAUUUGCAAAUCUUGAUUAUUGAUGAAGUCUCUAUGGUUGACCAUCGUCUGUUGUCAUACAUUCAUGGAAGGCUGCGACAAAUAAAACAAACUGGUGAUUACUCUCUAUUUGGAAAAGUCAGCAUUAUUGCUGUGGGUGAUUUCUAUCAGUUACCGCCUGUAAAGGGUACUGCUCUUUAUUCUGAUGCAAAAGGAGUAAACAUAUGGGAAAACAACUUUGAACUUGCUCAGUUAACCAAAGUUGUAAGACAAAAAGAUUCAGCUUUUGCUGAGAUGUUAAAUCGUCUGAGAGUACGUAAAAAAGAUGAAUCUCUUACAGCUACUGACAUUGCUACACUGAAAAAAUGUGAAACAGGGGAGAAAUGUAAUGAUCUUCACAUAUUUGCUACAAAUGCAGAGGUUGAUAAAUACAACAUUGAAAGACUACAUGAAUGUUGCCCAGAUGCAAUUAGUAUAAAUGCUCAGGAUUAUAUAAGAAAUUCAAAAACUGGAAGAAUGGAACGUAAAGUUGGAUACCACACUAAAGUUUUCAACUCAUGUUUGUCUAAAUGUAUUUCCUUGGGUGUUGGAGCAAGGGUUAUGUUAAAGAAAAAUAUUGAUGUUGCUGAUGGUCUUGUUAAUGGAGCUUUUGGUACAGUUGUGCAUAUAAGUGAAAGUCAGAAAAAAGGUGAAGAUAAUGAGGAUUUACCAUCAGCUAUUCAUGUGGAGUUUGAUAAUCCAAUUGUUGGAAAAAUUCAGAGAUACAGAACACGUCAGACAUUUUCUCAGAAUUCUACUGUAAUUAAUGUACAAGAAGAUCAAGUAACAAAUGAUGGUGGAAUAAGAAGGCAGUUUCCACUCAGAUUGGCGUGGGCAUGUACAGUUCACAAAGUGCAAGGACUUACAGUAGAUAAAGCUGUUGUAUCACUUAAUAAAAUCUUUACAGCAGGUCAGGCAUAUGUUGCAUUGAGCCGUGUGAGAUCUCUUGAUGGACUGAUUAUUGAGGACUUUAAAGAUUCUGUCAUAUUUUGUAAUGACAAAAUUCAGCUGGCAUUAAAAGAUAUGCCAAAAUUAACUUUGGAAAAGUACACUUUCAGUAAAUCACUUGGUACAUUUAGAAUAGCACUGCUUAAUGUACAAAGUCUGAAAGCUCACUUACCGGAUGUUACAUCACAUACAGUUUUGAUGAAUGCUGAUUGUAUCUGUUUGACAGAAACAUGGUUAAAUGUUAAUGACCAAGAACCACAGAUACCAGGAUUGUGUUCAAAAACAACCCAAGAGCUAAAUGUUAUGAUGACAGCACUGCACUUUUUACUGAAUUUAAACAUCAGAGAGGAGGUGGAGUUGGAGUUUAUUUUUCUGAAAACAUUGAGUGUAAUAUCUUUGUACCUGAGUGUUGCAACUUAGAGUGUUUGUACUUUGUGCUUCCAUGUGUCAAUUUGACUGCUGCACUUUUGUAUAGGCCUAAUUCAUAUAAAACUGAUUUGUUUCAACAGCAACUAUUACAUGUUUUUAAUGAGAUGGAGAAGCAACCAGGACAAAAGAUAAUCAUGGGAGACUUUAAUGAGGACAUCUUUACUUCUUCCACAAUUUUGAAAGUAAUGGGACAACAUGGAUACACACAACAGGUACAAAAUUCAACAACAGAAAAAGGUACACUAAUUGAUCAUGUGUAUACAAAAGAUAUGGAAGGUGUUACUUUUGAAAUUGUACAAACAUAUUACAGUUAUCAUCACGCAAUACUUGUUACAUUAAUGUAAAAAUACAUAGACACUUUAUAGGCUACUUAGUUGUCCUAUAUGUCAAUUUGACUAUUGCACUUUUCUAUAGGCCUAAAUUAUAUAAUAUAACUGCUGUUAAAACAAUUCAAUUUUAAA